AUGCCAGGCGCCGCCACCCUCAGAUCACGCGCGGCCGUCGCGGCCGCCGCGUGCGUUGCGGUCCUCGUCGCGGCGGCGCUGCUCCACCGCAGGCGCCGCCGGAACCGGGCGCCCUCCUCGUCUCGCCGCCUCGGUAUCGGGGGGCGCCCCCGCCGCGCCUGCGAGGAGGAGGAGAAGCCGCAGGCCCGGUUCAAGCGCGUGCUCGCGGACAACUCGUACUCCCCGUUCAAACACCUGCGCCGCCAGAGUGCUCAGCUGGGAAGUGCAGAAGGCGAGGCACCCCUGCCACCGCCUCAAGAAUCAUCACAAAAAGUUCAUCCAUUUGAGGAGGAAAUCACAUCUUUGCUAAAGAACCCCCCUGGUUUUCAUAGCUUUAUGCUGGGUGACCGGUGCCCAGAAAUGAGUGCUACAUAUAAUUGGGUUGAUACAGAAGCUCAACUGGAACAUUUAGCGAGAUUGUUGGGUGAGGAAAGAGCUUUUGCUGUUGAUACAGAGCAACAUAGCAUUCGAUCUUUCCUAGGAUAUACUGCACUAAUGCAGAUCUCUACCCAGAAUGAAGACUAUCUGAUAGACACAAUAGCAUUGCAUGAUGUGAUGGGCAUUCUACGACCAGUGUUUGCCAAUUCUUCUAUCUGUAAGAUCUUCCAUGGAGCUGACAAUGAUGUUCUUUGGCUUCAAAGAGAUUUUCAUAUUUAUGUUGUGAAUAUGUUUGAUACUGCCAAGGCAUGCGAAAUUCUAUUGAAACCACAAAAAUCACUAGCAUAUUUGCUUGAAGUAUAUUGUGAAGUGACCACAGACAAGACAAUGCAGCGUGAAGAUUGGAGACUGCGUCCUCUGACUCCAGAAAUGAUUGAGUAUGCUCGCACUGAUGCUCACUAUCUGUUGUACAUUGCAAAUUGUUUGGCAUCAGAGCUCCAUGCAAAAGCCUGUGAUACUUCCAGUGAUAGAAUCAAUUUUUUCUUCGAGGCUAGUCAUCGCUCAAAUAUGGUGUGCAUGCAACUGUAUGCAAAAGAAAUUGAAUCUCCUCCUGGAGCUUCCAGUGCAACAUCUAUUCUCUCACGAAAUUUGCAAACUCAUGGGUUCGACUCCAAAAAGUAUAGUGAAGUGAAGGAUCUUGUUUGGAAAUUUUGUGCAUGGAGGGACUUAAUGGCUCGGAUGCAUGAUGAAAGCUUACGAUAUGUUCUGUCAGACCAAGCUAUAGCUGCCCUUGCUGUUAGUCUUCCAAAAGGCCCAACAGAGGUGUUUGCUGUCAUAGCAGAAACUGACCUAAGCAUUUCAAGUAUGUACCCUUCCUUGUCAUCACCGUCACCUCUUGUUGUGGCUCAUGUCAAAGAACUCUGUAAUCUGCUGGAUGACAUCACUACCAGCAUGGACGGCAUCUUUAAAAGUUUACUAAAGAAGUAUAAAGAUCCAAGUGGAUUAUGUCGACUAUCAGUUUAUAAUUACAACCUUAUAACACACCUAAGUUUGAAGCAAACAAAUAUGUUUUCCUUUGCUCCAAGUGGAGAGAAGUUGCUGACAGCACCGCCUAAUAAAAAGGCUUCACGGGAUUUAUUCAUUAAAAAGUUCUCCUGCAAGUCCCCGGUAUAUCACAAUUGCAGGAUUUAUGCUAGUGAUGGAAGACUACUUUGCUACUGUGACCGCAAAAAAUUGGAAUGGUACGUUCAACGUAAUUUGGCAAAAUUGAUUGAAGAUAGUCCUCCAGCAAUCAUGCUUCUCUUUGAACCUAAGGGUCGUCCAGAGGAUGAAGAUAAUGAGUUCUAUAUUCAGAGCAAGAAAAAUAUUUGUGUGGGCUGUGGAGAAAAGAGCCAUUAUAUUAGAUACAGAAUAAUACCAUCAUGCUACAGGAUGCAUUUUCCAGAACAUCUGAAGAGCCAUCGUUCACAUGAUAUUGUACUUCUUUGUGUAGACUGUCAUGAAAUAGCUCAUUCAGCAGCUGAGAAAUACAAGAGGCGAAUAGCAGAAGAAUUUGGAAUACCCCUUUUUGUGCAAAAGAUAAUGAACUCGGGUGAUAUAAGUUUGAUUACCAACACGUCAGUAUCUGAAGAUAAAUUGAAUGGAACAGGUGUCUCCCCAUUGCAGCUGAGGACUGCUGCCAUGGCUCUUCUACGUCAUGGAUCCACUAUGCCGUUGAAGAGAUGUGAAGAGCUAAUGCAGAUUGUAAAAUCAUACUAUGGUGGUAGGGAUGUGACUCCUGAAGACCUCGAGAUGGCAUUACUUGUUGGUAUGAGUCCUCAUGAGCGAAGGCGUCUUGAAAAGAAAAAGGGCUAUUCGUUUAGAGCUCAGGCUCAAAAUAUUAUUAGAAAGAGCAGCAGCAAUACCAUCUCAGAAGACAGUGGACAUGGAUCAGAAAAUUGUCAUGCCUUAUCUGAGCGAUUUUCUGAGGAUGGAACUGAGAGUAAUGGUCAACCAGAGUUUGAUGAGACAGAGGAACGAAACCAGCUAGAGAAGUUAACCCUGAGCCAGGGAAGCUCAAGUUUGCCAGUCGGCAUGGAGGACACCACUUUUGAUCAUGACACUGCGACACUUGAGACAGAUACCAAUCAGCAAGCAAGAGGCGCCUGCACUCCUGGAAACAGCCAUCUCGACAGGGAACUAUCCAUCCGUGACAAUUCUACCAAGGUCAUUUCCAAGAAUGCUGAGAAGAAGAUUUCCUUGUUGGGUCAUGGGCAUCACGGUAAACAAGUUGUGGAACUUUUGCUGUCCAAUGGCGGGGAGGAAGCUAUUAACCAGUUUUGCCAAAGAUGGAGGCAGAUCUUUGUUGAGGCUGUUCACCCCCGUUAUUUACCUUCUGGCUGGAAUAUUAACCACAGUGGACGGCGGGAUUUCGGUGACUUCAGUGUCUACAAGCCACCAAGGAAAGAUCCUCAAUCUGCAAGGGAUUAG